UGAAGCACUUUGUUUUGAAAUUGAAAAAACCAUUAUGGAUUAUGUCUUAUUCAUGUUGAGAAUCAAUUAAUUAUUUUCGUGUGUGCCGACGGGUAAAUCUGUUUUGAGGUGGUUUCAAGCCCCUCAAUAAAUUACAAGGCUUCGCAUAAGCAGCAGAUAAGGAGUAAAUAGAAAAUCAUGGAACUUUCCUUCUUUAUUUUAGUGUUCUUGUCGCUGCAUUGUAUUGGACUAAAGAGUGAAGACAGCAAGAAUGAGAACCCAGAGCAAACCAGAACGAGACUUUACAGAUCUACACUAGCUGCCAGGGGAAGUGGGCCCGAGACACAUGAUCAGUUUGAUGUAACGGAAAGGACAGCAGCCAGGUCACUCAAGCGGCGACUUGGUCGACGAAAGAUAUCACCUCGCUGCUUCAUCACAGGGAGUACGGUAUACUGCGAUUCUGGACUCAAGUUUCGAGGUGAAGGUCCAGUUGGAAGGCAAGGAAGCCCUGGCUUGCCAGGCCCAAAGGUAGGUAAGGGAGACAAAGGAUUCCGCGGAAGCCCGGGACGACCAGGACCAGAUGGACCGCAAGGAGAACGAGGCAAGCGGGGACCUGAGGGCGUUCAAGGAAAAAAGGGCACUAAAGGGGAAAAGGGUGAUCGUGGUCGGAUGGGGCCGCAAGGGCACCCAGGCAUACCUUCAAAUUGCCGUCUGGUACCACCAAGAGCUUACAACUGCCCUAGAGGCGAAACCGGGCCUGCUGGAAUCAAAGGCUCUCAGGGGAUUGAAGGCAACAUCGGUGAAAAAGGUGAUCAUGGGUAUACUGGAGGAGCUGGAGAUAGGGGAAGCAGAGGCUCUCCUGGCAUCCCAGGGGGUAUUGGCCUUUAUGGAGCGUUGAGAUUGAAUGGAUCGUGUAGGCAGUUACGCUCGCAAUGGGUAAUCCCCAACCUAUCACCGAUUGGCCGUUUAAAAACUGAAUGUGCCUUUCGGGAGUAUCUGUUAUCUCUUCAAAUUGAAGCAGAUGAUAAAAACGAAAAAAUACGGUACAAUUACAAAUGCUGCCCUUUUAAGGCAUCUGAUGUGCGGAUGACUUCAUUUUAAGAUCUUCGAUGUUUGUGAAUUAUUAUAACCGGUUAUUUCGCAAUCGAGAGGUUUGGGUAUCACCAAGAUGUCUCUUGGACUUGGAUUGGAAAUCUUGGACCGAUAAUGAAGGCUGUGAUGCAGUGAACAGUUGAAGGCAAGCUGCGCGAGGAACAGUUGCAAGCAAACACAUUCAUGGCGUAUAUAGGAUGAAAUACUGAGUUCCCAUUCUCAGUGGUGGCCUCACAAUCAUGUUUUGUGCAAAAUAUAGAUGAUGAAUCUUGAUGGAAAAUGAAAUACAAACAAUAAGAUUACAACAUUUGACUUCGUCAUGAUUCUUGAAGAGCUCCGGUUGCCAGAAGAGACUUGUAUGCUAAUGGUGACAUUCUUUAUUUGCUACAUCUCAAUUUUCUAUUCAGAAGUCUUUAAGACGUCUUGACUUAAAUCGGCUUUUAAUUAUUCAACCGGAAAAUGAAAACCAAAGAUCAAGUUCUAU